AUGGCAACACAGCAACUGCAUCAUAUGGUUGACCAGCAGCUUCAGUCUGCAGCACAGGCCUCUCAGUCUCAGGCGUCAACUCACACUGACACUCAACAACAGCAACCCAAAACUCCAGCUCCUCCUAUGUCAGCAAAUGUCCAACAUCAACAGAUACUGGCAACACAGCAGCAGCAUCAAUCAGCUGGACAGCAGCACCAGCCCACAGCACAGGCUUCCCAGCAACAGGCGUCAAGUUCUGCAGUCAGCAAACAGCAAAAGGCUGAAAGUCCACUGCCUCAAACUGCAGCAAAAAAUCAGCUUUUACAGCAAAUGAUGGCUCAGCAGCAGCAUAAACUGGCCGCCCAGCAGCACCAGCCCGCAGCGCGGACCUCUCAGCUUCGGAUCAUGUCUCCUACAGACACUCAGCAGCUGCAACCUGCAACUCCAGCUCCGCAAUUUACAGCAAGUAUGCUAUAUUCACAGCAAUUCGUGGCACAGCAGCAGCAGCAACUCGUUAUCCAGCGGCACCAGCCUGCAGCACAGGCCGCCCAGCCACUGGCUUCAUCUUCUGCUGACACACAGCAGCAGCAAUCUUCAACUCCAGCUCCUCCUGUGGCAGCAAACUCACAGCAAUCUCAGAUAUUGGCGACACAGCAGCAGCAACAACUGAUGAGCCAGCAGCAACAUCCAGAUCAGCAUCUGAUGGAGAGGUCGGCCCACUUUGAUGGUGCCCCAUCACUCAUCCGAUUUGAAUGCCAUCUAAGAUAUCAGAAAUUUAUUGAGAAUAACGAACUUAAAAGGCAAAAGGAGGAAAAGUUAAAAUUAAACAAACCGGUUGAGCGCAUGGAAGGACACGUCAUAAAUGGCCUAUUCAGAGACUUUAAAAACGGCACACGGAAUCGCGCGUACAUCGAAGAGCGACUAAAAGGCCAGCCAAUACAAAUCCAGAGACUUGUGUUGCCCCCUCUCAGGCCUGGGGAAACAAUCACAUACACCGAGGAUCAGCAACUCUCAAAAAAUCUCGAGCGAAUUGAAAACGAGCUCCUGAAUGAGAUUGACAAUAGCACAGAUGCUGAAAAAAAUGAAAUAGAGACUUUACCACCCAUGAAGGUGCAAAAAACUGCUAAUUUUUUUACUCACUUUCAGCCAGAUGAAUUCAAGGAAAUCCCCAUGCAGCGGUUGAAGGGACUUGGCCCUCCCGCUCACAGUCAGCCCACACCAGGCCUGGCCAGCAGGCAGUCCAUAUGGACGCAUCGUCCAAAUGAUGCCUGUGCUAACUCUACUCUGCGGUCGAAGGGAUUUGGCCCUCCCGCUACCAGUUGUUCUCCUCCAAAUAAACCUCCAGAUGAACAGAUGCUUCUCCAACGCCGUGUACCAGCUGAUAGUCCACUGCGCUGCCACUCCACAGGCGAACAUGCUCCUAUUCUGGAGCAAAAUGGCACGUAA